GCUCUCAAAUUAUAUAAACCAAAAUCUGUACCAAUUUUGAAUAUAUAAAACUUAGAAUUCUUUUUCAGAGGGUGAGAGAGAAAGUUAUAUAAUGGCAAGAGACGAAAAUACUAGCACUUUGUUAUAUUAAUACUAGCUAGAUAGUAGAAGUGGUGGUGCUGGUGGUGGUGUUACUGUUGCCUGUUGGCCAAGAAGAAGAAGAAGGAUCAGGAGAGUUAAUGGAAAUGGUGGUGAAACCUGCAUGGCUAGAGGGAUUGAUGGCAGAGACAUUCUUUGGGGUUUGUGGGGUCCACGAGAGUCGCAGGAAGAACGAGAAGAACGUCUUUUGCUUGCUGUGUUGCCUUAGCAUCUGCCCCCACUGCCUCCCUUCUCAUCGCUCUCACCCUCUCCUUCAGGUGAGACGAUAUGUCUACCACGAUGUGGUUCGGUUGGGAGAUCUUGAAAAGCUUAUUGAAUGUUCCUAUAUUCAGCCCUACACCAUAAAUGGUGCCAAAGUGAUAUUCUUGAAUCAGAGGCCCCAAUCAAGGUCAUGUAAGGGCUCUGCCAACAUUUGCUUAACUUGUGACAGGAUUCUCCAGGAGCCAUUCCACUUCUGUUCUCUCUCAUGCAAGGUGAAUCACUUGGCGGAUCAAGGGGAGGAUCUGUCAACCAUUCUACACAAGAUUGAUGAAUCAGAUUUUGCAUUCUCACAAUUUGAGGGGUUAAGAGUGGACGGCCCCGAGCUCAUUGACGACGAUCAAAUCACUCCAAACUCCAUCCUAGAGGACCCUUUGCAGUACAAAGGAUCAUCGUGUUCGAACGAGACCACCGUAGCCAAUUCAGAAAUCUCACUACGAGAUACCCAGGUUGGGAGGAAGAAGAAAAAGGGCAGUGGUUUCCUUGGAGGCAUUGUUCUCUCCCUCGGCAACAAGAGGAAGGGUGCUCCCCAAAGGGCUCCUCUUUCUUAAAAAACCAAAACAAUCUUGGCAGUCACUCAAAAAUCAAAAAUUAGAAUAUGAAAAAUUGUUUAGGUUACAUCUCACUACAUGUUCAUUACUAUGUGCUACUGGGGUUGCUCAUGGUUUAAUUAAUCUUCGCUUAAGUAUGGUUAAUUUUUGAUUCGAGCUAGUGAUGGAGUUUUCUCCCUUUUUUGGUCUCUUUUCCCCGCAAUCAGAAUUGGCAUGGGGCAUUUCCAUUACUGACUUAGGUGGAUUGAUGAUAGUCUCAUGACUGCCACCAAUUUUGUGUUCAUGUAAUGGAACUUGCGGUGUAUAUGAUUUUAAGUAUUUAUCUCCAUUCAAAACUUCAAUGGGUUGUUGUAUUACAAUUUGCUUUG